AUGCGUUCCAUUUCAGCGCUUGUGGCUUUGGCCCUUGCAGGCUCUGUCGACCUUGCUGCGGCAGGUCUUUGCAAACCCUCUUCUCCUCUACAAUCAGGCACGACUACAUCUGCUUUGAUCACCAGUGGCAGUGCAACGAAAUCAGUUCCCGCUUCUGAAACCACCGAAGGCCCAGUUGUCAUUACCAAUGCCGUGACCAACGGCGACUUUGGAGGCUACGAUCCUUCAGCAGAUGGUGGUAUCUACGCCUUUCAAGCUGGUGGCGAUGCCAGGCUUCUCCAAGGUCCUGGACACCAGGGCCAGACGGAUGAGAGGAACUGCGUACAGCUCAAGACUAACUCAGGAGCUGGCAACUCGAAAAGAGAUUUCGCAUCCGACUACCCGUGGAUUCAGCAGCAGCUCGAUAAUAUGGAACCCAGUGACUAUACCGUUCGCUUCUGGUACUCUGUUGUCAACAAUGCUGUGGCAGAUACAUGCCGCAUUGAAGGAUUCUACGGCAGUGAGAGGUUUAGCGCAACGCCAUAUUUCCCUGUUGUCAGCGAUGGCAACACCUGGAAGGAGUUUGUGGACUCCAUGGCUGUCACGACUACCAGUGGAAAGAUCCGUUUUGAACUUAUCUGUGCCAAUGGUGGCUCUGCUGAAGUUUACUUCGACCAAGUCUUUGUGUCCAACAAGAUCGGCGAAGAGUGGGUUGAUGGCAUUUCGCUGUUCUUCCCUACUUCCAAACACGCCGCUACUAUACCCCCAGCGCAGACCAACACUGCCCUUCCUGUUGACACAGCUAUUACUAGCAGUGACAGCACGGAUUCAUCUGAUCUUCCUGCAACACAAACUUCCGAGGUCCAAGCUACUACGGACGGAGCUUUGACAGCAGGCCAAACCACAGCACCAGCUCCGACAACCGCUGUCAGUUCCGCACCAACUGAAGUAGUCACUCCACCCGGCCACAAGGUUUGCGCAAAGCUCGGAGUAGGUGACGCUGGCAGAGGUUGCGGUAAGCGACCGUACAGCAGUACCCAAGGCUACAAGAGAUAUGGCGGGAGCAGUAUCACAAAGGAACAAUGCGCCGCUCUCUGUCUAACGGAUACCAAGUGCCAGAGUUUCGAGUGGCUUUACCAGGGCAGCGGUUGUGCAAACACCUGCAACCUCCUCGCCACGAGCUGGGCAGAUGUACCUACCAAUGGAGGUCUUGACGCAGCCUACGCCUACGAUCGAAGCUGUAUCCACGAAGACGAAUGCUCUGAGCAGCCCGGUGGUACGGUCUGCGUUAACGUCAAUGCUGAUACACCUGCCAAAUCUUGUACACAGCUCAAAGGCAAAGCUAAGGCGUGUGCCAAACCUUUCCUGACUGUCAGCACCAAGGCUUACUGCGGCCUGAGCAACGAGUGUCGCGAUCUUUGCGCCAAGUAUCCUUCCUGCAAAUCUUACGGUGCUACGUUUGGAAGCUGUAGUUUGUACAACGAGCGCUCAUCUGCAGUUGCUGUGGCGGGAUCAGAGCUUUACUGGUUCACUGACAUGGACUGCCAUACUUGUGGAGAGGGCAAUGCUUACUUUAACUAUAUCCCUCUUGGCCAAGAUCCAGCAAACGUCCCCCGGGGGACAUGUGCUGCGACGGAACCGACGACAUCCUCUGCUCUGUCUGCAACAACUGCGAAGCCUGUCGUCGAGCCUACAUCCAAUGCCGAGACACCCACCAGUGCAGGCCAGACUGACGAUAAUGUCUCCUUACCAACAAGUGCCCCUACCAUGACAACUACGUCCCCUUCCAACACUGCAGCAGCGUGUCCCAACGGUGUCCCAUCCCCAGGAAUCUGCACCAGCGCAAACCCAGUACCCUCGACGGCGAUUUGUGGCAAACAUGGCUGGCCUCGGAUGAUCGACCCUUACAGCCUUGGUCUCAAGGACUACCCCAACCAAAACUCCGUCGAAGACUGUGCGCUUAUUUGCAAACUAGAUAGACAGUGCAAGGCUUUUGCAUUCGACGCUACCCGCUCCAACUUGAAGUGUAUGUUCAGUCCUCUGGACUUGAACGAUGCGGGUAUGGACGAGGACCCCGGGGUUGCUGGUGCAUGGAGGGAUCUCGAGUGUAUGAAGUGCAAGUUGUGCGACGAUCCCGCCGAAACAGAGAGUGCCCCUUUCACCUCUCAGCCUACCGUGGCUCCGACAACGAUGGUGACAUCAACUCGCUCUGUUGAUGAGCCUUCUGUUACUGAAGCUACAACUAGCAGCUCGUCCACAGAGGAGUCAGCUACAACCACCCAAAAAGUCCCCCAACCCGAACCCACAGACUGUGUAGCCCCCUCAGCAUUUCUCAGUGACGACGUCACAUGUGGUCUCCCAGGAUUGAGUGGCCAACAGGCCCAAAGCGCUCGUCUUGAUAACUAUGUCAUCAAGCCAGUUGGAAGUCUAGCAAACUGCGCCGCCAUCUGUCUCCAGCGGGCUGAUUGCCGAGGAUUUGCUUACCAGAAGAGCACGACUGUGUGCUUCCCGUAUAGAGUCGGACCUGGGGGGCUGGGAAUUACGUAUAACUCGCAGGCUACUGAUAGGUUCUACGAUAGAGGUUGCUUCGGCUGUAGUUCUUAG